AGAGCGCGGACUACUAAGCUCCAGCUGGCUGCAACUAUCUGCGCUACGGAUCGAGUUUGAGAUUGUUUUAUACAUGAAAACAUAAACUGUAAAAUACUAAACUGGCACGCUAAUAUUCUGCACCCUCAACGGGACAAAUCGGUGCUUCUUCGUAACGAGAGAAAUCAAGGGAAAUGUCCUGGUGGCCUCGCAGUGAGGAUGCAGAAGAGACCGUGCACCAAGACACGGACUCCGAUGUAGCAGACCAGAGGGAUGGUGGGAAAGUGAAGGUGAAAUGGACACAAGAGGAGGAUGACGCACUGAAAGCCUUGGUUCAUCAACUGGGAAAUACUGACUGGAAACGUAUUGCCAGUUUCAUUCCAGCCCACAGUGAACAUCAGUGUCAGCAUCGUUGGUUUAAAGUCUUGGAUCCAGAAUUGGUUAAGGGUCCAUGGACCAAGGAGGAGGAUGAAAAGGUUAUUGAGCUUGUAAACCGUUAUGGAAAUAAACAGUGGGCAGUUGUAGCCAAGCAUCUCAAGGGGAGACUAGGAAAGCAGUGCAGGGAGCGCUGGCAUAACCACCUCAAUCCGAAUGUGAAGAAGUCAUCCUGGACAGCAGAGGAAGAUCUCAUCAUAUACAAAGCUCACUGUCUGCUGGGAAACCGUUGGGCUGAGAUUGCAAAAUUACUGCCUGGACGGACUGACAAUGCAGUGAAGAAUCAUUGGAAUUCAACCAUCAGACGCAAGAUUGAGUUGGGGUUUUAUACGGGGGAGGUAAUUACCUCAGAAGAACUUGAUGAACUGUUGGCCAAAGUUGAUAAAAAUGUACAAGUUUCCAAUUGCUCAAUAGAUUUUGAACAAGACCAAAAACAUGGUGUGCAUCAAGUUGAACUUCCGAUCUCAGUCCCUACUCGAGCUGGACCAAGUAAUGAUGCCACCACAAAGGCUGACACAUCAACAAAGGUCAACCUGGCACCGAAAGUAGAUUCAGACACUGCAGACAUGAUUAGCACCAGUUGGGUGGUGGACAGUUCAGGCUUUCUGUCUCCUACUGGCCCAGCCCUGAAGGAAAUGCUUGAUAUGGUAGAUGGGGACCUAGAUGGAUGGUGUAACUUUGCUGCCUUUGAUCUGCCAGAAGAAAACCCCAGCCCUGAACGUCACCAGUUUCGUCUUGAAGGCAGUGCUUUACAGGAGCUGAGCAAAAGCAGCAAGGGAGAGCUCAUCCCAAUCUCUCCUGGUGGUGUCACACCUCCUGCUAUACUUAACCGUAAAAGUCAUAGACGCAUCGCUUUGUCUCCUGAUACCAACAACUCCAGGACUCCAAAAAGCACACCUGUCAAAAUCCUACCCUUUUCCCCAUCACAGUUCCUUAACAUGUGGACCAAGCAAGAUACCCAUGACUUGGAGAAUCCGUCUCUCACAUCAACACCUGUAUGCAGCCAGAAAGCCUCUGUGAUGACACCACUGCAGCGUGACAAGACGCCUUUAAUUCAGAAGGAAAACUCUGUGUUUGUCACACCAAAUUACAAAUCCGAGCUCUGUACAACCCCACGUACUCCUACUCCUUUUAAAAAUGCUAUGGAAAAAUAUGGCCCAUUGCAGCCACUGCCUCAGACCCCAAAUCUUGAAGAUGAUAUAAAUGAAGUGAUCCUCAGAGAUGCUGGGAUUGAUUUAUCUGUUGCUUGUUCAACGCCUCGCAAAACUACACACCGCCCACCAAUGAAGAAGGUGCGCAAGUCAUUAGCUUUAGAUGCUAUGGAUUGUCACAUGACACCAUCAUCUAAGCGUAAAUCUAUGAAAACUGAGGCUAGACGUUACAUUAAGGAAGAACCCAUGUUAAUUUCUUUAAACUCAACAUCAUUUUGUAAUAGAAGCCAUGACAAUAUCUUGGAUCAGGGUUUCCUUUUGGGACCAAGUGACAAUGCUUUUUUUCCUAGUGCUCUACACAUGCCUAGAAUGACAAAAGAGUGGGAAACCGUGGUAUGUGGACAAACGAAAGACCAACUGAUUAUGAAUGAGAAGGCAAGGCGCUUUCUUCGUUCACUGAAGUCACAUGGUCAUAACAGAGCACUCAUUUUGUCUUGAAACUACUUUAUAUUUAUUUUUUUACUGUACACUCUUGAGAAGAAACCACAUCAAUUUUGUGAUGUGAGGCUAGACUGUUCUGUAUUAGUAAUUUUCAAAACCAAUUGCAGGUGGGUUCCUUAGAAAGUAACCCAAAAGCAAGUCACAAAUGCCCAGUUUAAAAUGUACAUGCAUUAUGUUCUUGCUCUUAAAAAAUGGAAAAGGAAAGUACCGCCAUUGGUUGUAUGAUGUUUCUGUAACUUAACUGUUUUAAAUGGGGAUGAUCCAGGUUGUACCUCAUGAUCAGAUUUCAAAUUUUGGAAGUAGAUAUUUCAAAGGUGAUUGAUAAUGUGUGCAAAAGAUUGGCUGUAAAAUGUUAUUAAAACAUUGCUGUUUUCAAUGUAAUGAUCAAUCAGUAAACAGAAAUUAUAUUGUUAGCAUCAGGAAGGGGUAGAUGGAAGAUAAAAUACAUAUACUGGGGUAUUAUGUUUUAUUGGCACUAUGUAAAUAACUAUUUUUGUCACAAUUUUCAUAGAAUGCAAUAAAAUGCAAGAUAUG